AUGGUGCAGGUGGUACACCGCCACGGUGAGCGCAGUGCACUGAUCAACGACAACAAGACGGAGAUUUGCGGCACCCUGUACCCGUGCGGUGAGCUGACCGGCGAGCGUGUCAAGAUGGUCCGUGCUAUCGGCGAGUUUGCCCGUAGCCGCUACAACGACCUCUCAUCGGUGGAGAGCCCUCUCUGCCCGUCGACGCAGUACAACUCCUCUCUCGUGUACACCCGCCCCACCCACACCCAGCGCACCAUCCAGAGCGCGACCGCCUUUCUGCACAGCCUCUUCCAGGACGACUACUUCUACCCGGUCGCGUACUCGGUCAACAGAACGACCGACAUGCUGCUCAGCACCGACGCGGUGCCGUCCGUGGUGGGCCGCAGCUGGCUCGACAACCAGGCGGUGUAUCCGGGCCUUAUGGAGGUGAACGCCGCCUGGUUCAAGUAUGUCUUCAGCUGGAACCACACGAGCAAGCUCGAUCUCACGCAGGGUUCCGCCUCGCAGAACCUUGAGCAGGCGAUGCUGGCCAACAUCAACGCCCCCCCCCGCCUCUCUCCGUCGUACAAAGAUCGACAGCUACCUGUUGGUCUGCAGUUGGCGUUAUUGUUCAUACAUUCCCGUCCCUUUCAUUUUCAAUAUCGAAGACGCGAUGGCGCCCUUCAUACAUCUCGCGUGCCUUAA